AACACUAUUCAUGUUACUGGAAGAGUCGGAAGUAAUCCAGAACCGCGUUACUUCGAUGACGGAAAAGUCGUCGUGAAUAUCAGCUUAGCUUGCAAGAGAAAAUAUCACACAGCGGAACGAAAGCAUUUAAAUCUCCGGUCUGGAGAAGAGGAAACUGACUGGUAUGGGCUUGAAAUCUGGGGCCAGACAGCUGAAUUUGUGAGCAAGUUCGUUGACAAGGGUGCUCGCGUCGGGGUCGUUGGGUCCUUGCAGAUUGAUGAAUGGAACGAUAAGUCAACUGGUGAACUUCGAAGUCGACCGAAGGUAGUUGUUCGAGACUUCGAUAUUUUGGAAACCAAGGCUGAA